AUGCGAAAUUCAAAACUUCGUUCCGUUCGAGUCGCGCUUGCGGUAUUUCUUGCCAAGUUCCGUCUCGGUCUCAGUAAUCGAGUUCUAGCAACUAUAUUUGAUUUAAAAGGUAACCGAACAGUUUCUAAAAUAAUCAAUCAAUUGCGACAAGUUUUGACGAUAGAUUUUGUUCCACAUCGUAUCGGUUUGAAUCAUAAGCUUUGUAUUGUUAUGGAUGAUACCUAUAUUCCAAUCCAAAAUCAAGACGAAUACAUACUGGCAGUAUUUGGCCCAUUCUUAGCUGAUGGACACAACAACAACGCGUCGAUUAUUCAACACAUCAUGAAGAAUGAUGAUCAAGGUAUCGCGAGUUGGCUCCACGACGACGAUGUUAUCAUUGUCGAUCAUGGCUUUCGCGAUGCAGUCAACUCUAUGGAAGAACUUGGUUUAUGUGUUGAAAUUCCCUCAUUUCUGAAAGGCAAAAAACAAUUUUCAACACAAGAAGCGAAUCGAACUCGAACUAUUACUAAAAACCUUUUACAUAAUUGUAUAGUGAAUGGGAAAACCAAAGAAUGGAAGUAUUUUAACUAUCUUCAAAACUCAUCUCUUCGAUUUUUACCCGAUGAUAUGGAUAUUGUUUGUGCUUUACACAAUGCGUUUCGUCAAGCAGUAAUGAGAGAUCCGACAAAUGGAAUCGAAUUAGCUAAAAUCAUGUUGGAGCAGAUUCAAAAAGAGAACGAACUUGACAAAAGGUUGAUACAGAUAUGUAAUGAUAAGAAAGCACACUGGAGAAAAUAUGAUUCCAGAAUGUGUUCAUUUCCUUCCUUAACUCAAGAAGAUGUCCGAAACAUUUGCUGCGGUUAGACUAAAUUUUUUCAUCGAGUGCCCAGGUCAUUCUCACUCGGUCGGAACCAGCCGGUUUCUUUAAAUUCCUUGGCGCUGGAUUCCGGCCGGCUUUUUACUGGUUUAUAUCGGAAAGAUCCUAUAGGUUCCAGAUGGAAACGAUGAUAGUUCUGAACCAACUGGAUCCGGCUAUAAAAGUAUUACUACCCAUGUCAGAAUGUAUACAUCGGUUCCGACCGGUACCACAUAAAUCCG